CGGUUGGCUGUAGUACAAACUUUUCAUAUUGACCAGGCAAAUAAUAGUUGCGUAUACGCCGUGUGGUAAAGUGUGAAAGUUAACAGUGUUCGAGCGAUUGUAUAUAAGUGAAGUUGACUUAAAAUAAUAAAAAAUAUAAAUAAAAUAAAUAAAAUCCCUUGAAAGUUACUUAUUCUGAAAAAUAAUUUAGAGUUGCUUCAAACGUGGCGAAUAUGUUGAAAAUAUUUAAUUAUUUAGGAAUUUCGCUUUUUCUAUUCACCACGUGUGCCCAGGCGCAAAGUGGUUACAACUAUGCACGCCCUGAAAUUGCGAACGCCGCUGGUGGCGGAAUUGGCAGCUCGAAUGUCUUGCGUCCGAUAGUGCCUGUUGGCAGUAAUGCCUUGGCCGCCACUCCGACUUCGCCUCUGGGCUUCCCAUCCACCGCUGGCACAGCUUAUGGCGCCACCGGCGGCGCUGCGACUGCAACUUUCUCCGGCUUUGGGACGCAGCCGUCAGCGUUAGGUGCCACUGGGCAAGGUCCAUAUACAGGCGCUACAAACGCUGCGACAUUACAAACUGGCAGUGGUUUCAAUGCGGGUAAGCGUCCUAUUUUGGCGCCACAGCAACGCGGCGGUGGUGGAGGCGUAUUCGGCGGUGGUCUGACGAGUAUUACAAGCGGUCAGUCGGCGUACGGUAAUACACCACGCGUUUCGGGCCUUAACGAUGUGGACUAUAGUGGCGAAGGUGAUUAUUCCGCCAUACCGGGUGUACCAGCCGUUGAUUAUCCCAUAUAUGCGGAGGUGCCGCAAACCAAUUUCGAUUGCGCACAACAACUGCCUGGUUAUUACUCGGACGUUGAAGCGCAAUGCCAAGUAUUUCACAUUUGCGCACUCAAUCGCACCUACUCUUUUCUCUGUCCGAAUGGCACGAUCUUUAGUCAGGAGACCCUCGUGUGUGUGUGGUGGAAUCAAUUUGAAUGCGGAACGGCGCCUGCUCUAUAUGCCAACAAUGCUUAUAUAUACGAUUAUGGUAGUGAACAACGCACUUCAGGCGCUUACAGCGGUACUGGAGGCGGCGCAGCAUUAGGAACACGCCAAUCGGCCAGUUAUCCAGGCGCAGCUAGUAGCAGUAGCUUACGUGCUACAAGCGCUACAUUGCCCUCUGCUGGUGGUAUUUUCGGUGCUGCCAAUUUACGUCCCAACGCUUUCGGCGCGAUCCCUAGCACAGUAACACCAGUGCCAUCGACCGCGGGCUACAAUGCAAAUACCGGUCGCUUCCCUACUGGCUCGCCAGCCGGCGGGCAGGCCUUCAAUACUGCCGUUGCACCGAUUGCAGUCGCGCAGUCUACGUAUGGACCCGGUGGUGGUAGUGUGCCGACAGGCGGCAGCAACGCCAACACAAAUAGCAAUCGUGAAUAUUUGCCACCAUCGCAACAGCAGCGACGUCCCUAAAUCUACGCCUUUAUUGAGUAGUAUAUAAAAAUCAACCUUCUGUAAUAUUAAAGACCACUGGCAUCUGUACCCGGCUUAUGCUGUCCUUAUACUCAUCCAUCCGUACUACUGUUUAGGUUGUACACCUUAGUUUAAUCACUUAUACAUUGACCCAUUUAUAUAAUAGUAAUUAAGUAUUCAUUAUCUCAUCCAGCUACUACUUAAUACUUCAACACUAUUCUCUACAAAGGCAUGCCUGUUUUCGCUCACCUUCUACGGUUUUCUACCUUUA